AUGGGUCCUUCUCUGUACAUGGCAGCAAGAGAAGGAAACCUGGAUUUGCCGAGAAGGUUCAUCCAGGGCGAAAAUCACAGCAAUCUCCAGGAUUUGCAUACAAAUCAGGGGAGAUACAUAAUUCAUAUAGCUGCAAAAUUGGGCAAAGAAUUGUUCAUUCAUGAGGCUCUUCAAGCAUGGCCCCGUCUUGCAAGCCAAGAGAACUCAAAGGGUGACACUCCAUUACAUGUUGCAGCAAGAGCUGGGCAAGUUGCUGUGGUGAAGCGUCUCAUUGGUGACAGCACAAGUAGAAGUUUGUUUCAAGUUGAUUCGAUUGAAACUUCAUGUUUGAGAGAAAUGGAAGAAGGGGCGAGCGGCGUUUCGGUGCUGUGGGGGAUGAGGAAUAAGGCUCAGAGCUUGGCUUUGCAUGAGGCUUUGAGGAAUCGACAUGAGGAAGCUGCACUGUGCCUGUGGGAACUGGACAAUGAAAUGGCUGGAGUUGUAACUAGCGCAGGUGAGAGCCCUUUAUAUUUAGCUGCUGAAUCGAGGUGCGAGGUGAUGCUGCGGAGGAUUUUAACGUUCCUGAAGCUGAAUUCAGAGAGAGUUGAGCUAUUGCGGGAUGCUGUCCAAGGCCCGGAUGGGCAGAAUCCCUUGCAUGCCGCUGUGCUUGCAGGAAGCACUGAAAAUGGGCAUCUGACUUGUAUCUUAUUUCUUUAUUCUCGUGUCAUAGAUUGCAUUGGCUCUCUGCUGGAAGAAGAAGACAUUUUGAAACUCAUUAACCAACCCGACAUUAAUGGAAAGACUGCCCUUCACUUUGCAACAGCAGCCAGAGAGAAAAACAUUAUGCGUGAAUUGCUUACCAAGAGUACCUCAUCUGCAUAUCUGCAAGACAGCAAUGGCCGGACGCCAUUACUGGAAGCUGCCUGCUCGGGAAACUUUGAUGUCCUUCAAGAGAUCCUCCUUUAUUGCCCAGACACAAUCGAACUGGCUGACCCGACCGGCAAAAACGCCCUUCAUCUUGCUGUAUUAAACAACACUACGAACAAUGUCAGGGAAUUCUUGCGGCUGCCGGAGAUGAAGGAGCUUGUGAAUGAACCAGACGAGGAGGGAGACACGCCGCUGCAUUUAGCCAUCAAGCAUGAGAACUACAAGAUGGUGAAACAAUUGAUUGCAACUGGAUUUGUGGACUUAAGAACCAAGAACAAUAAAGGCCUCACAGCUCUAGACAUCUGCGAGUCCGACUGGAAUUUUUCUUACAGACAGAAUUCUCUCCAUACAUACCUGAAAGGGCUAAAUGCGCCGCGGGGAAGACAACCAUAUAACUAUUGGAAGCAAGAUCAAAAAUCAAAGACAGCAUUGAACCACCCGAACGCAGACUUGAAAAAUUUAGCCAAGAUAAUGUCAGUGGUUGCUGCACUUCUGGUUACUGUAACUUUCGCUGCAGCUUUCACAUUACCAGGAGGCUACCAUGGCGAUGAUGAUGACAGACCUCCUGAAAUAAACCACUCAAGCAAAAAAGAUAAAAUCCCUUCAGGUACCUCAAUCCUCAUCAAGAACCCGUCACUGAAGGUGUUUGUGUUUGCAGAUUCGCUUGCAAUGUGCAGCUCCAUGACAGUGCUGUUUCUGCUAAUCCAGGCAAUGGCUGGUGACCCUGCCUUUCUGCGGUCAGCGAUUAUUUACAGCGAGAAAUUGCUGAAUAUCGCCCUUCACGGAGCGUUGGUAGCCUUUGUAACUGGAUUGUAUGCUGUUAUAUCACCAGAGAGUACAUGGCUAGCCAUCAGUAUCAUCAUCAUGGGCUCCAGUGUUCCAUUUCUCAUCAAAUUACUGCAGCGGAAGUCUUCCACUUCAACCCCCCCUUGUGAUAAAUCAUUCCAGGGAAACAAUAACCAACUUUCUCAUACAGAACUGGCAAAAGGCGUCCAAAUCUUAGUACCGGCAACAAUCAAGCCAGAUCGCCCCACUGGUAGUAGUUAAUCUAUUUCCAUUCUUUGCAAGCCACUGAUGGAUACCUGGGUGGACUGCUGACAACAGAACCUUCACUGGGCUACUUCAUCUGCUCUUACUAAGAUCCCCUGCAAACCAACCUCAGCAGCAACACAACAUGCAAUGGAAUAGGAAAAGUAAUACAAU